UAACUGGCUGUCGCGCACCAGUUGUUGUCGUCGUCGUCGUCGUCGUCGUCGAAGUAGCCCGGCCACAGAAAGGAAGAAGGGUGCGUGUAUCAUUUGCGCUCCUUUUCACACUCGUUCGCACUCUCCUGUUUCGCUCUCUCGCUCGCACGCUUUCCUUUGCUUACACGCAUUGGUUCAACUGUGGACCGAUUUUCGCGUUUUCCAGCGCGUGUGUUUCACAAUCGAUUUUCAUUCGGUGGCACCCGGUGGUUGAGUGGCAUGUGGGGGGAAAGGGGAGUUCCCCGAAGUCCGAAGAACGGCUCGUUGUUUGCGUUUCCGCGACCAGCUGUACCGAUCGUGGAAGGAAAGGGCCGAAGCGCGGCACGGCUGCCGCUACUGCUGCUGCUGCUGCUGCUGCUGUUUGGUGUUGGCUUGCAGUUACUCGCGUGGUCGCUAGUGAUUCGGUUCUCUUUCCUAUCCGCUCCCGCUUAGUUUACAAAAAGUACAAACGAUAACAACAACAGUGAAUUAUUUUUAUUCAACAAAACAACACCCUAAAACUAUCGUCAACCACGGUGCCUCCCUAUUUUCACACAAAUGUGCUAUCCGUGUUGCUUGUGCGUCGCGCAAUCAUCACCAGACCACACAUGUGAUUGUCCGUGCGAAGCUAAAUGAGUGUAGGCAGCAAGCGUCUGCUAGCAAGCGCCUCCCGGGAGCGGAGCACUGUCGAACGAACGACGAAACGUGUGCGAGCCGUGUUUUCGUGGUAAACGUGAGCCUGUUGUUACAAUGUUAUUGCAAUUAGAUGGUGCUAUAGAAGCGACUGCCUCCAGCGAACGAUUACAGCGCAGCAGCAGCAGCAGCAGGACAAAGGACAUCAUUACAGCGCCGUGGAAUGAAGCCAUCAAUGGUACCGUACUCGGCAAAACCGUACCCAGCAACGCGACCGUCAGUAGGCCGACCGAGGCUCGAUCGUACGCACACGUAACUGGCUCGAUGGCGCACGGUAAUAGUAGCAGUGGCACGCUAGCGUCGGCCCUCGUGCCACCGAGAGCGCCGAACGGUACGGUCGCAACGUCCACCACACCCACCGAACAGCCCGCCCGAAAGGUUGACAUAUUAAUCUAUCCAACAGUGUCGCCGGAGACGAUUGUCGUGCCGAUCCUGUCCUGCAUCGUUGGCUUCCCCAUCUUUGCCCUGCUCGUCAUCUGCUGCCUGCGGCGCCGUGCCAAGAUUGCCCGCGAACGUGACCGGCGGCGAAAUUUCGAUCUCAAGGCAAACACCAUUACGCUCGUUCGCUUCAAUUCGCACCACCUCGGCAAUCAGCGUUCGAUUCUGCUGCAGUCGAGGGAGAGCCUGAGCCGCGGAUACCCUUCCCUCGAUCUGGAUACGGUGUAUGAGGAGAAGAGUGAUACGCAUGGCAGCAGCCAGCUCGAUUCGCCCGCCGCCCACAUGCUGCUGACCGAUCCACCCUCCGACACGGACAACGAGCAGUGCUAGCAUUCGGAGAGUCCGGUCGGUUCGAGGGCACCGAGCCCAACGGAGCUGACCGGACCGCUCCUGCCGAUCCGUACCAACACGAUCACCGGCACGAUCGCGACCGCCGCCUACGGUGCGUACGGCAAAGAUCGGGACGAUACGGUGCUCGAGCUGGUCCGCGGCAAGCGGAAACGGUUUCGCAACACCAAACACAAACGGUUGGCCGUUUCGCACAGCGAAACGAAUCUGACCGGGCUGGGCCGAACGCACGCAGCGUGCAGUAGCGGCGUCCUCAGCCCGGCAUCGGCACGAUCGCCACGGGAAGGAAGGAUUGCAGCACGCGAUGGACGUAUCAGUACCACCAGCUUUGACGAAACGACGACGACAUCGGCCAAGGCGGCUACGGCCAAGGACAGCAAACCACCGGCUAGAUAUGGGUCGCGCAAGAAGGCACCCCGGGUGCAGCGGCAGAAGGAGGUGUGCGAAGGUAUCCGGGCACCGCUCUGGACCACCCUGACCCACGCACAGACAAUAAGUGACUAUGAAAUCUGAACAGCUUCCCAGCCGCAGCAUCGCGUUCAGGUCGGGUGAAGGCACAGGCUGCGUUUUACUGUUUUGUUUACGUGGGUUCUGUCCUUCGUCAAACUGACUGGUAGUUAGGAAAAAUGUGGCUAGAUUUCAUACAACCGAGCUGUUUUGGAAUUGAGCAACAAAGGGAGGGAGAGAGAGAGAGAGAUAAUGGGAAUUUUCGUGUGGUAUUGGGUUGGCCAAGCUAAAACCUUGUUAAUUAUAUAGCCAUAAUGUCGGGUUGGAUGGGGGAGAAUAAGCAUUAAGCAUAACGCAACACCAGUUUAGGUCGAAUACCGGUUGAUUGAUACAAUGAGAUGAGAUUGAGCAAUAAGCAACAAAAACACAUACACAUAACGGGUCAUAAUCGAAUGAAUAUAUAACUGCGUAGCUAAGCAAAGCAUCUUGUUGAAAUAAACUUUUAAAUAAAUGCAAACUUUAGAUCUAACGGGUGUUUGGCAACCCCCCAAAAAGGUACAUAAAAAAGAGGACAAAUAAUCCCAUUAAUCGAUUACUAUAUACACGUGCAAACGAGCAGUAGCUAUGUAUACAAUACCUAUAUACCGAUGUUGAAAUGAUAUGAUAUGAUAUGAUAUGAUAUAUACAACUUUCAUCGCGCUGCAUGUAAUUUUUAUCCUUACCCAAGUAACGGUUUCCUUGCCCGUUCGUUCGGGGGUGUGCUUGUUGCAGUGUACGGGGGACGAAUUUAGCACGGAACAAGGGAUGUGUAACAAAGCACGUUGGUAAUAGACUUCGUGCGCGCGAAUAUACAAUUGAAAUGCAGGAGAGGGAGAUUAACAAAGAGAUUCUAACAUUCAAAAUGUAACAAACGUAAAGGGCUUCGCCUUCUCUUCACUUCGUGUGCUUGAGGCGAGCCAUCGAGACGGGUCCGUUUGUCGCGGUUUCAAAGCAUUUAGCAUUUAGUAAUUGUGAGAGUAUAUGUAUGUGUAUAUGUGUGUGUGUGUGUGUGUGUUUCAUUUCCAAAAAUGCCAAAUAACAAACUCUGUGGAUUGUCAAUGUUAAACAACAAGGAAAAUUAUAUAUAUACUAUACUAUAUCAUACAUACCCCGAGCAUUGUUGCUACCA